AUGAAUAGAAUACCCAUGUAUACGUAUUUUUACGCUCUUGGUGAAGUAGCAAAAGAGCGCUGUCAGCCGGCCAGUAUUCGACUAAUGGACAAUGAACAAUUUAAAUUUGGUCAAGCUCUAAGAGCAGAGUCAUCUUGGGGAAAUCUUGUACUGCAAGGCCUGAAACAUUCAUUUAUUACUCGUAUUAAAGGUUUCAACUUAGACAGCUUAUGCGUGGCCACACUUUUAUUUGAAGGCUAUUCAAGUAAAGACAUUAGAGAAACAAAUGGUGAACGUGGUUAUACUCUUACAUUUGUUAUAGCUUACAUACGUGAUCUAGGUCUUGAUUACAAUGUGUUAGCAGAAAGUUUUGAAACGUCAGUUUCAUGGAAUCGAGCUUCUUCACUAUGUCGUCAUGUCAAGACACGGACGUAUGACUCAGGCUGUUGUAUCUAUUUCUACAUGGGUUUUAACUAUGAGGCACUAAGUGAUCCUAUAAAAACUUAUGAAGAAAUUGAGGAAUCAGCCAGGGAAGAGAUACUCGCCUGUGGAGGUAGUCUCUCGCAUCAUCAUGGAAUAGGAAAAAUGAGAGCACGAUUUUACUCGGAAGUAGUAGGAGAAGCAAGCAUAUCUUUGUACAAAGCCACAAAAAAUCAUUUAGAUCCUAAGAACAUUUUUGCUACUGGUAACCUUGACCCUUUGUACAAAUCUAAGCUUUAG